AUGGCGUCGAGCAAAGCCCACUUGGAGCGACAAGGCGAAAUUAUGCAAAUGUGGGUGGAGAAUACGGGUCCAUUUAAGUGCCCUAUCAGGAAAUCCAGACUGUGCUUUGAGUUUUUGCAGGGUUCGGGCAAGUGGACUGCCUAUAUGAACUCGAUCUAUCUGGAUGAAAAGUGGACAAGUUGGGCUGAAGGAAUGGGGAUGGUGUCCACCGACGCAGAAGAGGAACACGGCGGCCAGAUCUACGAGGCCACUGUCUCCAAAUACACCAGGCAGCUUCCAACAUUGACAAGAUGGGAGGGCCGAAUUGGACGAGGUGUGAUUGUCACUGACAAGUUCAGAAGAGAAAAGGGAUCCGGAGAUCCGUAUAUGUCUGACAUUAUGAAAAGCGUGUACGAGUUUCAUUUUCCUAUCGAGAGUCUCAAGCAUGUUGUUUUUGCCAGUGUAAUCGAGAAGGCUACCUAUGGGUUUAUCACCAGUGAGAUUUACGGUCCUCACAGGUCUUACACGCCAUUGGAUGAGCCGCGCAUAUGGGAAAAUCCUUCUCCGGAAUUUCGUGGCAUUCUUGGAACACCUAUCGGCAAGGUCGCCGGUUCAUUUGUCAUUGGGGCUUAUGGCCGAGGCCUCAAGCGGAUUGUGCGGAUUGUCACAUUUUAUACGGAUUAUGCACUUAAUGUGCAAUUUGAUCUCGAGUACCUUCGGUAA